AAACAGCCAUACACAGUGGGGUAUUCACAUGACCGAAUAAGCAGCCAAUCAGCUUCUACUAUGGCUACACGGGGCGGGGCUUUCUCUCAUGAAUAUCCAAUAAGCGAUCUAUACGGGCACGGGCAACACAAAGGAGAGCCAUGUAGUUUCCGCAGCUUGGUACGAUAGUAUCUACACGGGGGUCCUAAAACGUAACAGAAGUGAAAAAAAACAGCUUAGUAAAUUCUUUCUCCGAGGAGCAGGAAGAGGCUUACAUUGUCUAAUAUUUCGUCCGGAUCUGUGGUGCUAACAAUGCCUGGUGAAACCGCGGUGGCUGUCGCGCCUCAACCCAACGCCAGCGUCGACCCAGCAGCGAAGCAAAAGGCUUUCCCGUUUGUGAUUAAGAAGAUUAUGGACAUCCCGCCUCCUAACAUUCUAGAGGAAGGCGAUGACGAGAUCGAGAAGGAGAAGCUGGGCUCGGCUGAAGAUGUGGAAGGGGGCGGCGGCGGCGGCGGUGCAGGCACUGCUGGUGGAGCUUCAAGAGGAGGCAGCGGAGGCAGCGGUGGGGGCGUGUCGGCCUCCUUGACCCCAGCCAUCUGGGAGAAGACCAUCCCCUAUGAUGGAGAGACCUUCCACCUGGAGUACAUGGACCUGGAUGAGUUCCUCCUGGAGAACGGGAUCCCCGUGAGCCUGGAGGAAGAGGAACUGCAGAAGACGCUGACCCCGGUGGUCGGGAAAGGCAAAAGCACCGCCACCAAGGUUACGGCCGCGUCCGCCGCUACGACAUCAUCAUCACCUUCUACGUCUCCUCCACCUGCUCCCGACGCCUCUACGGCCACCCCGGAGCCAGAAGAAGCGGUGACGGUCACCACGCUACAGCCUGCCAAGUUAGAUGAUGAUGAUGAUGACGACGACGAGGAUGAAGAGGAGGAAUCUUCGCAGGAAGAAGCCGUGGCAGCAGAAGCAGUCCAAGUCAUCAAACCAACUCCUGGUAAUAAAAGCGCCGAGCGCAACACGCCCUCUCCGAUCGACCCGGACGCCAUCGAGGUGGACGUCAACUUCCAGCCGGACCCGACAGACCUGGUCCUGUCCAGCGUGCCGGGCGGAGAGUUGUUCAACCCACGCAAGCACAAGUUCUCCGACGAGGAGCUGAAGCCCCAGCCCAUGAUCAAGAAGGCCAAGAAAGUCUUUGUUCCCAACGAGCAGAAGGACGACAAAUACUGGUCCAGGAGGAAGAAGAACAACCUGGCCGCCAAACGUUCCCGCGAUGCCCGCCGCCUGAAGGAGAACCAGAUCACGGUGCGCGCCUCCUUCCUGGAGCGGGAGAACGCGGCGUUGCGGCAGCAAGUGGCCGAGCUGCGGAAAGACUGCGGGCGCUGCAAGAACAUCCUGGCCCGCUACGAGGCCAAGUACGGGCCGCUGUAAGGAGCUGGUAACGCCCGCCAAGUACCAAUCCGACAUAAACUUCCUCCCCCGCAGAAUUCAACACCGACACAAAACACACAAGGGAAAUCCAAAUUUGCACUCUUGCUGGCCUCCAGUCGCCGUGGAGCUCCAGUCGCAGGUCCGACGACCCUGGCGCUGGGGCGGCGGAUACACCCUAGCGGGGGCAGAUUAGGGGCGGUGGUCACGGGAAGGUCUGUGGAGAGCGCCUGGCUCCUUCACUCGAGAGGAAAGGCCACGACACUCCCCGGGGGGGGGGCAGACGCGCAUAACGGACAACGCGAGAUGCUUUCAAGAAAUUCAGGAAAUAUGGCAAGCUGAUUACACAUUUGUCCGUUUUUGUUUUUUCCCAAUCACCGCAUAGCACUUCCUGUAGUGGACCAAAGCAUGUGCGCCAUUCGUCGUGUAUCUAAAAUGGCGCCCGUUGGCCCACUCCCUUCGUCCUUUUCAUUGUGUCUAAUUCCUUUUGAACUCUCUAGAAGGUUGUAGAGGCCGCGACAAGAUGGCGUAGAAUCAGGUACUUGGGCCUGCAAAGAAGGGAAGCCAUGACCUCAGGUGGUGAAGGAGCGGCGGAGGAGAGUCCGUUUAGUUCUUCCUUCAAGUAACGCACACACACACACACACACAUACACACACACACACACACACACACACUAUAUGUACAGUCAUCUCCAGUGUGUGUUCCGUUGUUGCACUUUUUCUCGGAGGAUUCCCGCGGUGGCUGGUGGUACCUUUUACAUCACUGUGGCAGGGACGGUAGCUUUUAGAAAACGUGCAUGACGUCCUUGUGCUGACCUCGGAUCAGCUUCCCGAGCUACACUAAAGAUUUAGAAAAAAAAAGAUGGCUAUGAUGGGUAUUUUUUUGAAAUGUCGGUUCCGGUUUGAAGAUAUCUAAGGCCCUCCCUUUUUUUUUAGCGGAGGGAUACGUCUGUCAGAUUGUUUAUUUUACUACACUCUGCCAGUAGAGGGCGCCAAAGCCCCCACCUGUUCAUUGGUAGUGUAAUGAUGGCGCCCAUAGGCGGCGGCUUUUAAAGCCUGUAAAUAAAUAAAUAAAUAAAUACAUAAAUCCAUAAUUAAAUAAAUGAUGGUUUCAAGGUCCUGGCGUCCUAAGACAGGGGGCUUUGAUUGUGUAAUUAUGAAUCCAAUACUUUUCAUUAUAUUUGCCAAAUAUAACUCCAUGAGUGCUGUAUUUAUUCUGAUGGUAAUAACGCAUCUGUCCAUUGUCAUAUACAUAUAAGAAUAAGUAUAAGAAUACGUCAGAUUUUUAUGGAGAGGAAAACAACCUAAGCUAAGCAGGGACUCCAAUGGGUAAACUGUGUUUUUAAAAUCAGAUUUAUAUCCAUAUAUAUAUAUAUAUUAGAGUUUUAUUUGUCUCUGUUCAAUAUAUAAACACACAAAAGGGCAGGGUACUCUCAUUACCUCAUCCGACUCGUGUUGCUUUCAAUGACUUAAGAGUUUAACCGGGUCGGAUUUAGUAAAAAUCCAAAUUUUUUUGUCCCCCUAAGACUCUCCAAACUGGGUACCCGUUUGAAUUAGUAACCAGUCGACUGUUACAGUCCUUCAGCGUCUUGAUCGAGACGGAGCGCUUUGUGCUCACCGUGACGAGACGACCAUGUGGCAAUAAUACUGGGUUAUAUAUAUAAAUAUAAAUAUAUAUAUAUGGCUUGUUUUACUUCAAUGAUAUGAAUAUCGUGUGUAAAAUGACAAUGAUGCUCUUUCUAACGCCCCCAAAGUGGUUUGUGCUUCCAGUUCUGAUCCUCUAAUGCAUGAGACCCCGGUGUACUUUUUGUCUUCUAUGGAUGUCUCGACUCCUCGACACCAAGUGUACUUACUGUACGUCUGUAACGCGUCACCCCGAGAGCAGACGGGCGAGUUUGCGCCGAGCGUUCCGUGUUGUGAUGUUAUGACUCGCAUACUUGCGUGCGUGCGUGCGGCCUGUUGGGAAAAAUAGCAUCUUUUUGAUCACUGUGUGGAUUAUUUUUAUGGAUCUAUAUCUAGAUACACUGGAUCAGUCGGUGCUUAAGUGUUCUCUUGAUUGUUUGUGAGGGUUUAGUACGGACUAUUUUUUUUUUUUUUUGCAUUGACAUUCAAACUAAAAUAUGCACUGCGUUUUAUUAUUAAAUUUGACGACGAGCCAAGAGAUCAUUGAUUUAGAGUCGGACAGGAUGUAGCAUUUUAUUUUGACGCUCUCACUAAUAUCCAAUGGAGAAGUAGACUUGCAUGUGGGAUGUUGUUGCGCCGCCUGGAGGCAAGACGUGCGAGAUCUCUUUCUUGAAUUGCGUAUUCCAAAGCACAUUUGUUUUGCAUGUUCAACCAACAAGAUGUCCGCUUCUUUACGUGUGGAAUUUAUUACGUCAAGCACAACCUCCGUAUAGCUGCAUAUAUAUAUAUAUAUAUAUAUAUAUAUAUCGACAGUGGACAGUUUUUUCUUCUUUCCUUUACCUGUCGGUGGCGCUAAUGUGUACAUUUUGAAGGUUGACUUGGGUCCGAGACGGGUUCUUCAUUCGGUUUGGCGUCACGUUUAAAGUAGCUCAUAAGAGAAAAUAUUUCUGUAGGUUUUUAUUGCUUUAAUUUUCUUGCUGUUUUUUUUUCCCCCUCCUUUUCUAACUGAUUUGACUUUGUCGGGUGUUUUGUAUUGUCCUGAUCACGUAAACGGAUAACAUGACACUGCAGUGCCAUCGUUCUUACUGUAUGGUGUAUCAUGCAUAUCCAAUAAAUCCAGAUGUAAAGGCAA